AGAUUGCAAGUCUCGACCUCACAGCAUUUUUGCACGUAAUCUAAGGAAAACAUAGCCUCAAAAUUGAUUUAUUUCGUUGUUCAUAUAAGAGUGAAAGAAACAAGUUCGUUAAACGUUUAAAAAAUGCCGGAUUACUUGGGAACUGAUAUGCGUAAGAUGAAGGCCGACGACGAAAAGGAGGAGAAAGAAAUAAAAUCUCUGGAUGAAGGGGACAUCGCUUUGCUCAAAACUUAUGGCCAAGGACAAUAUACGAAAAGCAUUAAAACCGUCGAGGAGGAUAUUCAAACAAUAAUCAAACGUGUCAACGAAUUAACAGGAAUUAAAGAAUCUGACACUGGUUUAGCACCACCUGCUCUUUGGGAUCUAACUGCAGACAAACAAAUUUUACAAAAUGAGCAACCAUUGCAAGUUGCUCGGUGCACGAAAAUAAUCAAUGCUGACUCUGAUGAUCCAAAAUAUAUUAUAAACGUGAAACAGUUUGCUAAAUUCGUGGUUGAUUUAGCAGAUUCGGUUGCUCCAACUGAUAUCGAAGAAGGCAUGCGUGUGGGAGUAGAUCGUAAUAAGUACCAAAUUCAUAUUCCACUGCCACCUAAAAUUGAUCCAACUGUGACUAUGAUGCAAGUCGAAGAAAAGCCUGAUGUGACCUACAGUGAUGUUGGUGGUUGUAAAGAACAAAUUGAGAAAUUAAGAGAAGUUGUUGAAACUCCUCUGUUACAUCCCGAAAAAUUCAUUAAUCUGGGAAUAGAACCACCUAAAGGAGUAUUGUUGUUCGGCCCACCAGGCACAGGGAAAACUUUGUGCGCUAGGGCCGUCGCUAAUAGGACGGACGCGUGUUUCAUACGUGUUAUUGGUUCCGAAUUGGUGCAGAAGUAUGUCGGCGAGGGUGCGCGUAUGGUGAGAGAAUUGUUCGAAAUGGCGCGUAGUAAAAAAGCAUGCUUGAUAUUCUUCGAUGAAAUUGACGCUAUCGGAGGAGCUCGUUUCGAUGACGGAGCUGGCGGCGAUAACGAAGUACAACGUACUAUGUUGGAACUGAUCAAUCAAUUAGAUGGUUUCGAUCCGAGGGGUAAUAUCAAAGUAUUAAUGGCAACAAAUAGACCCGACACAUUAGAUCCAGCGUUGAUGCGACCAGGACGUCUAGACCGGAAAGUAGAAUUUGGAUUACCCGACUUGGAAGGUCGAACGCACAUUUUCAAAAUUCACGCGCGUUCUAUGAGUGUCGAAAGGGACAUAAGAUUCGAACUUCUCGCGCGUUUGUGCCCUAACAGUACCGGAGCCGAAAUUCGUUCCGUUUGCACCGAGGCGGGCAUGUUCGCUAUUCGCGCGCGUCGUAAAGUAGCGACGGAAAAAGACUUUCUAGAAGCCGUAAACAAAGUCAUUAAAUCUUACGCUAAAUUCUCUGCAACGCCCAAAUAUAUGACUUACAAUUAAACACAUCAUUGAAUAUUCUAUUUGUAUGCAUUGAUAUUGUAACGCUGUUUAUCGAAAAAAACAAUUAAUUGUUGAUUAUAAUUACGUAAUAAAUUGAAGUCUGCUUUAUUUUUUAAUAUU